CUUCGCGAGGCGGGCUGUUAAGGUUUUCAGCAUGGUUGUCUCAAAGACUGUUCCCAAGCCAAAGACCCAGAAAACUCCUUCAAAAAAGAAGCAGGCUGUGAAGUAUAGUAUUUGUAGCUCACCUGGAGUUAUCGAUGAAGAUAUCAUAAGCCCAGCUUUACUCGAAAAAUACUUGAAGGAGCAUAUUAAAGUGAAUAAAAAGUUGAACAAUUUGGGUAAGGAUGUUCACAUUGAUCGAGACAAGUCCACCAUAAAUGUUACAUCUAACAUUCCAUUCUCUAAAAGAUAUUUGAAGUACUUGACAAAGAAGUUCUUGAAACGUCAUAAGCUUCGUGACUUCCUGCGAGUAGUAGCCAAAUCAAAAGACUCCUAUGAGUUACGAUUCUACAACUUCGAGAAUGAAGACUCUGAUGACGAAGAAGAGAAUUGA